GCCAACUUCAUUCAACUCGUACAAAUCCGCAGUUGAUCUCCGUACGCUUCAACGGUAUCCUGAUCCAGGCUACUGUGCGAUACAAGUUAUCUUAUUACACCGCUCGAUCCGUCAUCCGCUUCGUUUCGCCACCAACCCUCCAGCCGCUCCGCAGCUCACCGCCGCCCUCAACAGCACAAGCACAAGCAAAACCGUCACGCUGAGCCGUCUUAUGCUGUUUAUAGUCAACAAUUAUAGAAAUCGUCAUAGUUGGAAAGUUUUUCAGCAUUCUGUUUUCAUCAAUAACAAGUAACACACCUCAAGCUUAAACCUCAACAAUCAUGUCUGGCAACAUCAACAUCCGUCGCGACGUCCAGGACUCGUUCUACCGCUACAAGAUGCCCCGCAUCCAGUCCAAGAUUGAGGGAAAAGGUAACGGUAUCAAGACCGUCAUUCCCAACCUUUCCGAUGUUGCUCGUUCCCUCGAACGUCCUCCCAUGCACGUCACCAAGUGGUUCGGUUUCGAGUUGGGUGCUCAGACUUCCAUGAACGCCGACACUGAUCGUUACAUCGUCAACGGUGCUCACGACGCCAGUAAGCUCCAGGACUCCUUGGAUGGAUUCAUUAACAGGUUCGUUCUUUGCGGUGCUUGCAAAAACCCUGAGACCGAGCUUGUUAUCCAGAAGGACGGAAAGAACAUCACGAGGGACUGUAAGGCUUGCGGUAAGCAGACCAAGUUGGACAUGAAGCACAAGCUCUCCGGUGUCAUUCUCAAGAACCCUCCUGAGAAGAAGAAGAGCAAGUCCAAGUCAUCGGAGAAGGUCGACAAGAAGGACAAGAAGGAGAAGAAGUCCAAGAAGUCCAAGAAGGAGUCUUCCGAGGAUGAUGAAGAGGAUGGUGAUCUUGACGCUGGAUCUGAUGACGAGUUCACCAAGCGUCUUGUCGCUGAGGCUGCCGCACUCCCUCCUGUGGGUGAAGUUGCUGAUACCGGCGACUGGUCCGUCGACACUUCUGAGGCUGCCAUGGCUAAGCGUGUUGCUGAGCUUGAGGCUGGUAUCGGAAAGUCUACUUUGAUCGACAACGACGAGGAGGAGGAUGAGGAUGACUCCGAUAACCCCUACGCCCAGCUCGCGAGCUGGAUCGAGGAGCAGGACGAGUCUCCCUCUGACGUCGACUUGUUCAAGAAGAUCAAGGAGCUCGGUAUCGACACCAAGCACCGCACCCUCCAGGUCUUGGGUGUCUGUCUCUUCGACGAGAACAUCCUCAAGGAACUCGAGGCUCGCGCCCCUCUCCUUACCAAACUCAUUGGUGACUCCGAGAAGCACCAGAAGGCAUUCCUCGGUGGUAUCGAGCAGCUCAUCGCCUCCCACGAGAAGCUGAUGGCUGGUGUUCCCAAGAUCUUGUUGGAGAUUUACCAGAAUGACUUGAUUGAGGAGGAGGUUCUUCAGGCUUGGGGUGCGAAGGCUAGUAAGAAGUACGUUGAGAAGGAUGUUAGCAAGAAGAUCAGGAAGGCUGCCCAGCCUUUCUUGGCUUGGUUGGAGGAGGCUGAUGAUGACAGUGAGGAGGAGAGCGAUGAGGAGGAUGACGAGUAG